CAAAUGCGCGUCAGUUUCCCUCUGAGCAAGUGGAUUCCCAAUUUUCCUCUAAAUAAACAAUCAUUCUACCAGCAUAAGCACUCACUACGAUUAACAAUGGCUGGAGCAAUAGCAGUUUCAAUUGCUUUCAUAACAACUUUCUCUAUUUUUCUCCAAGGAAUGGAAGUGAGGGCGGCAACAUUUGAUAUCACAAACCAGUGCCCGUACACGGUGUGGGCGGCGGCAAGUCCAGGUGGAGGGCAACAACUGGACCAAGGGCAGACCUGGACCAUCGAUGUUGCGAAGGGAACAACGCAGGGCAAAAUAUGGGGACGCACGGGCUGUUCCUUCGACGCAAGCGGUCGGGGUAGCUGCCAAACGGGCGACUGCAAUGGCAUGCUCAGCUGCCAAGGCUUCGGCCAGGUGCCUGCGACCUUGGCCGAAUAUUCCCUCAACCAAUAUCAGAAUUUUGACUUCUACGAUAUCUCUCUCGUCGAUGGCUUCAACGUGCCUCUUUCCAUGACUCCCACUUCUACAAACCCUAACUGCAUGGGGAGAAUUACAUGUUUGAGCGACAUUAUUUCCAUGUGUCCUGCUGAACUGAAGGUGAAUGGUGGAUGCAAAAGCGCGUGCGCCAGAUAUAAUACGGCCCAAUACUGCUGCACAGGAGCAUCUGCCAACAACUGUGGCCCAACCAAUUACUCCAAGUUUUUCAAGGGGCAAUGCCCCCAGGCUUUCAGUUACGCCAAGGAUGAUGCCACCAGCACCUUUCCUUGCCCUACCGGAACCAACUACAAAGUCGUCUUCUGCGAUGAAGCUGAUUCCCUUCCCGGUAUCUAUUUAUAUAUAACUAUAAAUAUAAAGGAAUAGGAUUCUCUGCGCUGCGCAUCAUACGUUGAGCUCUGUAUUAAAGAUCUAGAAGAAAUUUAUAUAAGGAAAGGUUGUAAUUAAAUUGGCCAGAAUGAUAAUGUAAUUUUGUGUUAAUAAUUAGUGUUCAAAUCUUUUAAGGUGUAAUUAGGUGACUUUCACUCA